AUGUUGAAAGUGGCAGUCAAACCAGAUUUUGGUUGGAUCGGUGUCUUCCUCCCAGACAACUGGAUUGAGAAGAUUAAGCUAAAUGGGGAAUGGAAUAACACUUACCUGAGAGUCUUCCUCCCAGACAACUGGAUUGAGAAGAUUAAGCUCCACCCGGUCUCAACUGGUAUAUUUCAGGACAUACCACUUUGGCGGCUUACUCCAAAUGGGAAGUUCAGCCUGAAAUUAGCAUACGAGAUUAUAGAUGAGGAGGAGAGGCCAGGCGGAUCAUAUCCGAUUUGGAGAGCCGUUUGGAAAAUCCCGGCAACCCAACGGAACCGAUCAUUCUUUUGGUUAUUUGUGCAUGAUAGACUGCUGACGAAUGGUAAGCGCUUUCGCAGGCACUUGAGCGCGACGAAGACUUGCCCUAUAUGCGAUCAUAAGAUGGAAAGCGCGUUACAUGUGGUUAGGGAUUCCUCCCUGGCUCGUGCAGUGUGGGCUGAGAUUCUGGGCAAUGAAUCCAACGAGAACUUUAUUCAGCAGGACAGGACGAAGUGGGUGAUGAAUUACAUUUCUGGUACGAGUAAGAACAUCGAUCCAACUCUUUUCGCAGGAGUCAGCUGGCUCCUCUGGAAGAGUAGGAAUAAAUUUGUCUUUGAGAAAGAGUUAAGCCCAGCAGAGGCAUUAAGACACAGAGCGACCGAGCUGCUUCAACAAGUGAAUCAAGCAUCAAAACGAGAUGUGUUGGCAGCGAAAAAUUCCCCGAUUAGGCGUAGACAGGAAGUCAGUUGGGAGCCACCAACAAGGGGAUGGGUCGCUUUGAAUAUAGAUGGAUCGGUGAUGAAUGGCCAGGCCGCGGCAGGUGGUGUUCUAAGAGACGAGAGUGGUCGAAUCCUGAAGGCUUUUGUAGGGAACAUUGGUGAACCCUCCAUCACUAGAGUUGAACUAGAAGGCAUUGUGCAUGGAUUGCGGAUGGCACGGAACGAGGGCUAUAGGCGAGUGGUGAUCCAGACUGACUCACAAACUGUUGUCGAACUGAUCGAAGGAGCGGAAGAAAGGCAUCCCCACUUCCUGGCGGUGCAAUCAGCUCUUCGGCUUCUGGAUAGGGAUUGGCAGGUUCGACUGGUGCAUGUGUUUCAUGAAGGGAAUUAUGUAGCAGAUUAUCUUGUCUCUGUGGGACAUCGGUUGCCGCUAGGUUUCCACUUCAGAGAAGAGCCGGAUCCGCUCCUGAACUAUUGA